AUGUCGGAAGUCGUGUUUGAAGAGACAGCCACGAUGAUUGCCGCAGGGGAAUUGCAGUCAUUUGUCCCGUUUGGCCGUGAGCACUGCAGGAACCAUCCCAACGCCUUUAAUCUACAGCUUAGAGAGCUCCAGCCUGCCUCAGAGCUCUGGUCAUCUGAUGCUGCUGGCCUGGUGGGUUCUCUUCAAGAAGUCAGUCUCCAUGAGAGAGAAAGGGAAUAUUGGCAGCUAAGAAAAGGCGGGGCUGGUAUCGAACAGGAGGAUGUAGAUUUUGAAGAGGAACUAUACACAGCAGGAAAUGUGGUUGUUUGGAGUCACGGCAGCGGUAUACAAGCCUCCAGUGUAUACAAGGCCUUCACUGUAGACAGCCUAGUGCAGAAGGCCAUGUGGUGUGACUUUGCUCUUCCAAAGAUUGAGAAAGAUGCAACAGAAGAAGAGGUGGAGCACACUGUAUGCAUCAUGCAGAGCAACUGUAUCAAUGUUCACACUGUAACUGGCAAAGAUUUCAUUUCCCCACUGCCCUUCCAGGUUUCAGAUGUUUGGCCAUCAAAGUUUGGACUUGUGUUGGAAAGGAAAAACACAGUGUCCGAUUCACAGCUCAGCCUUCCAUGUGAACCGCUACCCACAGUGUUUAGUAUGAUGCACCCUCUUGAUGAGAUUGCUCCAGUUGUGUGCAAACCAACAGGGAGUGGUGUGCAGUAUGUGUCUGAUACAACCAUGAAGAUUGUAUUUAGCUGUUCGGAGCCCUCAAUGAUGGUCACAUAUGACACAUUACAAGGAACUCACUCUGUGUGGGCCCUGCGCCAAGUCACACAUGAUGAGAAGAACACAGUCCUUCGGUGUCCCUCUGAGCCUGUUGGUACCCCAAUGGGUGUGGUGGCUUCUAGUUUUUUGACUUCUCAUUUGCGAAAUAUUUCCCGAUUGGACUCUCCUGGAGGUCCAGGCGUAACUGGACAUGGUGUUGCAACUGUUCCAAGCUGUGCUGUUGGUACCAGCUCCCCUCUUCAUUUUAGUGGUCUACAUGGCCACCAGAGCAGGAUUAUGAUGUCCUCUCCAGGAUUUCACUCUCGUGUUGGUUCACCAAGUAUUUCCAAUAUGGCUGCUUUGAGUCGAGCCCAUUCCCCAGGAAUGGCAGCUCCUUCUUUUUCAGGAGCAGCCCGUUUCAACACGUCUUUCCACAGCCCCAACCCAAGAGCGCAUGUCUUGGGAUCAUCUCUCAACAGUACUGUAAAUGACACUUUGCUGGUCCCUGAGAUGGAGCCCAUUAUUCCAGACUUGUGUUUGGAACAGCUUUGGAGUGAACCCGUCUCUGCUGGAAGUCAGAGAGAAUUGAGCAGCCAGGCUUCUAAGGUCUUCCUCACAUCUGACUUUUGUGGGGUCCAAUACCUCUGUUUAUUGGUUGAGUCCCAUCAACAGCUCAGGUGUGUCAAGUAUAUUGAGAGCAAUGAGCCCUGUCAGUGUAUUUUUGCCUCAGUCACUGCCAUUCCUGCAAAGGACGCAGCACCUCUUGAGAACAUUGAUGCCAUGCUGGUCCUGGAGGCCUGUGGUAGUCUGGUGCUUUACACUGGGACAACCAGGAUCAGUAAAGUUUUUGUCUCCGGACUCCUGGGUCCUACAUUCAUCUUUUCAAACCAUGCUUCUCAUCUGACAUUAGGUAGAGUUGACCAUGUCAGCACACCUGCUAAUGCGGGGAGCAGACACCUCCAAAUACUGGAUGAGGCUGCAAUGCCUUCUCCUGUGUCAGGACUGAGAAGGCCUCAUAUAAAGCAUGAUGAUGCUUCAUUUAUGGAUGAUUGCUCCUUCCAGCAUGUGACCCCUCACAUAAGCGCUCUGCGAGACCCCGUAUGCAACCGUGUGUCUCUCGAAUUGGGCAAUGGCACAAUGCUAAGGAUAUCCAUCCCAGAGAUUGCUACAUCUGAACUUGUAAGAAAAUGCCUUGGUGCCAUUCGCUUCAUCCUUCCAAAAGAAACUGCCAUGAAGGUUUUGGUGAAAUGGUACAACAUCUACAACGCUCCAGGUGGACCUAGUACCCACGCAGAGUGGAGCAUGUUUGUCACUUGUUUCAUGACACUUCUGGGCUACAAUACAGAACGACUGGGAUGGACUCGCAAUCUUCAAUUUGAAGUGCCUCUCUCUCCUGUGAUUGCAGCCAAAAAGGCUCGCCCUUCUGAUGGAGGCUCUGAUGAGGAUUGGGAAUAUUUGCUGGGUUCUCACUAUCACCGCCAGAUAAAUUCUCAGCCCGCUUUUACCCGUGCAGAGCCGCAGGUGUCUUCUCCCUCCAGUCCAUCACCAAAGUUGGACAGUUCUGCUCUGCUUUUUCCUCACAUUCCUGCUCUGUUCUAUGUACUGCAUUUAAUCUACCAGGAGUUACUGCUGGAUGAGCUGCAGAGAGCUAGUGCGUCCUCGCUGCUCUGUCUGCUGCAGCAACUCGCCAGGGACCUACAGUUGGACUCAUAUGUGGAUCUUUAUUGGAGAGACUACCCCUCUUUGAUUAGAUGCUUCAGUGAAAGUUGUCUCAUAGACCUGGGUCAAAAUUAUAAGAUGAAUUGCCCUGUCUUUUUGAGGGAGGACCCACCAUGUGUGUUCCGCUGGCUCAGCAGCUGUUUAAGAGGAGAGGAAGUGCCUCCUUUUCCAUAUCUGCCCAACAUUUGUCAGAGGACUAAGUUACUUAUUUUGAGUUAUGCCCUAUACAUUAGUGGAGACAAACAAGCAACUUCCACCCAUAUGUCCAAAUAUCUUGUCAAACUCUCUGCUGGUCAUAAGUUUGUCAAUGAGCCACACUAUAGAAGACAAAGUAGUGUUCAUGUUAAGUUUCCUUCAGAGAGUCUGGCUGAGCAGUUGGUGGUCUGGUUGGCUUCAGAAGAUUUUACUAUAAAAGAUCUCGAAUCUGUUCCGUUUGGUGUCGCACUUCCGAUCAGGGAAGCAAUUUACAGCUGUCGUGAGCAACCAUGUUCUGAUUGGUCCGAAGAAGUCUGCCUAUUGAUCGGACGUCAGGACCUCACAAAACAAGCCCAUAAGAUGACCUUGAUCAAAAGCAAAAAUUCUGUGGGCUCUGGUCUGUCUUUGGACCCUCCAGCCUCUACUGAAGCAGAUGGGGAGGAGGAUGGAAUGUCCGAUAUAAUUCAUGAGGUCACUGGACUGAUUUGGAGUCAAGACCUCAGAGUCCAAGAAGUGAGAAGACUUCUUCAGAGCUCCAGACCGGUACGGGUCAGUGUUAUCCAGCUGCCUGAAGUCUCAGAUCACGAAUACAUAGAAGAAAAGGAAAAUAAACUUUUGCAGUUGUGCCAGCGGACCAUGGCUCUUUCAGUUGGACGAGGCCUGUUUACUCUCUUUUCUUACCAUCCUGUGCCGACUGAGCCGUUACCUGUGCCAAAACUCAACCUCACUGGACGAGCACCCCCCAGAAAUGCCAUGGUUGAUUUGAAUAGUGGAAACAUAGAUGUCCCUCCCAAUAUGACGAGCUGGCCAAGUUUUCAUAACGGAGUUGCUGCUGGCCUCAAGAUAGCUCCAGCAUCACAGGUAGACUCUGCCUGGAUAGCUUACAACAAACCAAAAAGUCCAGAGCUAGCCAAUGAGUAUGCAGGUUUUCUAAUGGCUCUCGGGCUCAAUGGACAUCUGACAAAGUUGGCCACUCUCAACAUACAUGACUACCUGACAAAGGGCCAUGAGAUGACCAGCAUUGGGCUCUUGCUGGGGGUUUCUGCAGCCAAGCUAGGAACUAUGGACAUGUCCGUCACACGACUGCUGAGUAUCCACAUCCCUGCUCUUCUUCCACCAACAUCCACAGAACUGGACGUCCCUCACAAUGUGCAGGUUGCUGCUGUUAUUGGAAUUGGUCUUGUGUAUCAGGGAACAGGCCAUAGGCACAAUGCUGAAGUCUUGUUGUCUGAGAUAGGACGACCUCCGGGUCCUGAGAUGGAAUACUGUACUGACAGAGAGUCCUAUUCACUGGCGGCUGGUCUGGCCCUGGGAAUGGUCUGCCUAGGGCAUGGCAGUAACCUGAUCGGCAUGACCGACCUGAAUGUUCCUGAACAGUUGUAUCAGUACAUGGUGGGGGGCCACCGCAGAGCGCAGGUUGGAGCCAAUCGGGAGAGACACAAAUCGCCCAGCUAUCAGAUAAAGGAGGGUGACACCAUCAAUGUCGAUGUCACUUGUCCAGGAGCUACACUGGCACUCGCUAUGAUUUAUCUCAAGACCAACAAUAGGUCGAUAGCUGAUUGGCUGAAGCCUCCAGACACUUGGUUUCUUUUGGACUUCAUCAAACCAGAGUUCCUGCUGCUGCGGACUCUCGCCAGGUGUAUUAUCAUGUGGGAUGAGAUCCUCCCAAAUACAGACUGGGUGAAAAGUAACAUACCUCAGAUUAUGAAGGGGACAUUGCCCUCAGAAGACAUCAACAUGGAGACAAUGAGUCAAGCCCAGGACUACAUCACAGCUGGGGCUUGCAUGGCCUUGGGUCUUCGUUUCGCUGGUUCUGCAAACUCUGAUGCUUUUGAUUGUCUUUAUGAAUACGCCAGAACAUUCAUGAAACACAUCAUGACUUUUUCUGCAACAAAUGCUGUGCAGACAGGCUUCUACAAUCUUCAGACUGGACUGUCGAUGGUUCUACUCGCGAUGUCCAUGGUGAUGGCUGGAACUGGAAAUCUGAAAGUGUUGCAGCUAUGCCGUUUCUUCCACAAACGAACAGGUGGAGAGAUGAACUAUGGAUUUCACAUGGCUCACCACAUGGCUCUGGGUCUCCUCUUCCUCGGAGGUGGGAGGUACAGCUUGAGUACAUCCAAUUCGGCUAUAGCUGCUCUGUUGUGUGCCUUAUACCCUCACUUUCCUGCCCAUAGUACAGAUAACCGUUACCACCUGCAGGCUUUACGGCACUUGGCAGUCCUGGCCGCUGAGCCUCGCCUGCUCGUUCCUGUUGAUGUUGACUCCCUGAAACCCUGCUACGCACUCCUGGAAGUCACCUACAAAGAAUCAAAAUGGUAUGAUGAAACAACAGUGGAGCUGAUGGCUCCCACGAUGCUCCCUGAGCUACACCUCCUAAAGCGGGUGAAGGUGAAAGGCCCUCGCUAUUGGGAACUUUCUGUGGAUCUCAGUAAAGAAACUCAACAUCUAAAAUCUAUCCUGUCCAGAGACGGUGUGUUGUAUGUCAAACUCCGAGCUGGGCAGUUGCCUUACAAAGACGACCCACAGGGAUGGAAGAGUUUACUUGCAUCAACAGUCAAUCAUCGGCACUCUGGUGCUGGGGCCUUUAAGCCUGAAGCCAUCUCUACACUGACGUCUGACCCUGUUCUUGUGUCCUUUGCCCAAUUGUUUUGUAAUAACUCAGAAGAAAUGAAAAAUAGAGAAGAAACUCUGGUACUAUUUUCGGCAAUGCUGUACGAAUGUGUGACGCAGGAAUGUCCAGAGAUGCUGCCCACAUAUAUUGCCAUAGAGCAGGCGGUGGGGGCUCUGCGACAGGGGGAUUUGCCGCAGACUUUCUCCUUGUGGCAGCUGCGGCUGGUGGUGGAGCUCUGGGACAGUCGGGUGAUGAAGGGCUUUGAGAGUCGGCACGCGGCCCUGCUCACCUCAGAGUUUCUCCCAGUCAUGAAGAAUAUGGUGGAUGUGAUUCUGGACAAGUGGCUGAAAGACAACGGUUCAGUGCUGAAGUGCUACAUGAACGGGGAGAGCUUUCCUAAAGAUAUCCAGUGUGUGGCGUUGGCCUGUUUUCUCAUCUACAGGUCCAUCCCCUAUCUCAAAAACACUCGCUCUCAACUGGAAGGCUGCAGUUCAAUGGGAGAGUUGAUUUCAUGUGGCAGAGAGUUGGGGAUCCCUUUUCGAGACCUGCUGAGGCUGGCCCCUCUGCUGCUGAACUCCACAGCAGCAGGAUCAGCCCUAUUUGCCGUCUGA